UGAGGCUGAAUACAACUGCACAAGUUGCUUCAACUGAUACAAAUAUCAUCAACGGUAAAAAAAAUUAAAAAAAAAUAAAUAAAAUAAUUAAAAAAACCGCGUAAUUAAAUCCGCCAAACGUAUUACGCGGUUUAUUGCUUAUAAACCUAUUAUUGUGCCGUUAUAGCGCACUCACUCACUCGCUCUCUCUCUCUGUUUCCCGUUGCAGCUCACUCAAUAUUCUCCAUUGAAGGGCACUCAACGUUCUCCAUUGAAGCGCGCUUCACGUUCUCCAGUAAAGCAAACUCCACGUUCUCCAUUGAACAGCCUUCUGUUAUUUUCAACCCUCCAUUGAAGCAACUUCUGAGAACCCUUUAAUAUUUGGAUUGAACUAUGAAAGACCACUUCUCUCAGGCCUCAGGGCGGCGGCGGCCUAAUUAUGAUUCUGGAUCUGCUUCCCUAGAAAGUGCGGAAUCAGCAAACCGGCUGACUGGCAUUAGAACAUAUCACUCUCAGGGAAGAAGCUCUGUGCCCAAUGUAGCUUCCAGGCGCCGUGGGUCUGCUUCCCUAAGAAGUGCGGAAUCAGCAAACCGACCGACAGGCAGUAGAACAUAUCGCUCUCAAGGAAGAAGCUCUGUGCCCAAUGUAGCUUCCAGGCGCAGUGAUCUUCCUCGUUUAAGGACUCUGCCAGUAGAUGAAGUUGCGCUUUUGGAAUUCCCCAACGUCUAUGAAGUAGACUACAAUGUCCAGAGCAUCAUUGAUUAUCAUAGGGAUAUGCGUUGGGAUAUUGAUGACAUGUCCUAUGCGGUGAGUUAUCCUCCUUUUCUGGCAGCUCGAAGUAGUGUUCCAACAAGUGAUGGUAUGCUUCAUAAUUUUUUGCCGAUAUCCCAAGAAAUUGCAGAGCCAUCAAACAGGCCAACGGGCAUAAGAACAUAUCGCUCUCAAGGAAGAAGCCUUGUGCCUGCUGUAGCUUCCAGGCGUCGUGAUCUUCCUCGUUUAAGGACUCUUCCAGUAGAUGGAGUUGCGCUUUUGGAAUUUCCAAACCUUUAUGAAGUAGACUACAAUGUUGAGAGCAUCAAUGAUAAUCAAAGGAAUAUGCGUUUGGAUAUUGACAACAUGUCCUAUGCGGAGCUUCUUGCUUUGAGUGAACGUAUUGGGACAGUUUGUACUGGGUUGACAGAGAAAGACAUCAGAUGCCAUCUGAAAACCAGAAGAUAUAAGAAAUCUACUGCAGCUACUAUCAAUUCAGAGGAGUUGUCAUGUAGAGAUCAAACCAACGAUUUAUGCAUCAUAUGUCAGGAUGAAUACGAAGACAAUGAGCAGCUGGGAACCCUAGAGUGUGGACAUGAAUAUCAUGUAGAUUGUUUGAAGAAGUGGCUGCUCUUGAAGAACGUGUGCCCGAUUUGUAAAUCAACUGCCUUGGUUCUGGAUCGUUAGGAUGAAAUAUGAUGCUCAAAGUUGGUGAACUCAAAAGGCUUCCCCACUGCCUAUGUAUCUGCUUUAGCUUAGAAUUUUCAUCUUACUCGUAGAUAUUAUAGUUUUGGAGUGGUCCUUCCUUCGACCUUUGUAAACUCUGCAAUGGUCCAUCCUACCUUUGUAAACUCUGAUCCUGUAGCUGGGUUCUGUAAAUCUAGUAUUUUUGUGAAUAAUCGAGCAUCAAUUUUGUUCUUA